CGAAUCACCAAAUGUUAUUGUUAUCCUUAUCACAACCCAUUCAUGUCGACCACACCCCAAGACGGCAUCGAGGAGCGUCUUAAGAUGCGCGAACAAAAAUUAAGCCAUCCACUACACACAGUACCCGCUUCUGACGUCGUAAUACAUGGCAACAUCCCCAACACGCCACUCGUGGCUUCAACAAUUUCUUUCAUCUUCGGUUCUUUAUUCUCCUUGGGUUUUUCAACAUUUCUUUCAGGAGGUUCAUCAUUCUGGGCAACAUAUCAACUCGGAUUUUUCCUUUCUGCCUGGUCAGCUUUCCAUUGGGGAGAAUAUGCUGUCACUGCCGGUUGGAAUUUGGAGAAAUGCAGUGUCGAUUCAUUUUUACUCGAUAAUGGAUACAUAUAUCAUGUUGCAAAUGGGACUGCCGUGGCCGAAUAUCUCAUCACUCUCUACCUCAAACCAUCAUUAAAGUCCCAUUCAUAUCUGUCUCAAAUUGGUAUACUGCUGGUCAUAAUCGGCCAAAUUAUCCGUUCAACUGCAAUGAUCUCCGCCUCCACCAAUUUCUCCCACUCAGUGGCUUACCGGAAGCGCGCCACUCACAAACUGGUCACUGGCGGAAUCUAUUCGAACUCAGUUGGUACUCCAGAACCCAAUUUGUUUUGUGGGGUUCUUCUACAUGCUUUGGAGGUUCUUCUACUACAGAACGAGAGCUGAAGAAACCGCUCUUGUGAGAUU